AUGAACACUACUCUCAAUGACAAUGUAACAUGUAAGACACCGUCAUCAGCACGCUCUUCCUCGGAUAUUUGGACACGUAAUUUCCGCAACCCAGGAAUCGAGGAUCGUCGGGGAGAGUCCAAAAUUAGUGGCUUGUUUGUCUGGGGUGUCAGCAUGGUGCAACGAGCUAUGAUGGACGCGAACGAGACGAUAACUACAGACUGGAUGGCAUUCAUCACACCAGCUGACGACAGUGUGAUUAGGCUACCUUGUGAAUCACUUUCUUUUUACGCGUUCUGA